AACAGGCUUAUUAUCCUCUUUGGUGCUUACACUUACUGCAUAUCAGUUUUCUCAUUACAAACUACAAACAUCUGGGUACCUUUGCCGAGCAUUGACUACAGUCAAGAACACUUAUAAGCUCCCAUUUAAACGUGUGGAGAUCUAGUAGAUAUCGUGAACGCGAACCAGGGAUAAAGAAUAAGCUCGACAGCAAUGGAUCUGCUCCUCCGUCAGGUUAUCAUGGAAUUUGUGCUUUUGGUUAUCAUGCUGGCUCCAGGUCGAGUACAUGCAACAUCAUCAGGAUGUCAAGCUAAUGAUGAACCCUUUAUGUGUAAGUUUAUAUUCCGUGGUGACUGCUACGAUGAAGGUAUCCUGCAACGUUGCUGCCACACCUGCUCAAGAUUUAGAAACGCUGCGACUCCAGAGUGCCUAUAUGGUGAUAGGUAUGACACGUGUCAACAUAUCUUACCUUACCAGUGCUACAAUAACUACACAGGGACCAGUUACUGUUGUGACACAUGUACACAGUUCAGACUCCAUCCCGAGAGUCGCUCUGGCUGCGAAUAUGGGAAUCGUGAUACGAAAAGAUGCACUCGUAUCAGCCCACGUCAGUGCUAUGGGAGUUUCUACGAGCAACUCUGUUGUAACUCCUGCCAUCAUUUGAGAAUAAAAGACAUCUCAGAUGAUGAGUGUCGCUAUGGUGACCAUGGUGAUGUGCGAGUUUCCCUUGAAGACGGGAGUACAAAAAUCCGGACCUGCAGGGAACAACUACAGGUCGACCCAGCGAGCUGCGAUAAUGACCACAGUUUUUUAUCCACUUGCUGUUUCUCAUGCUCUAGAAAGAAAAAUCCAAGACACCAUUUCAACUUAAGACCAGGGACACAGUCUUGAAAUUUCUGCCAAAAGCAGAAAAAUUUGACGAUGUUAAUGUGUUUCAAAUAUUUUGUUUACUUCAUGAAUCUCGAUGACAUUAUUGUCAUAACAAUACAUUACAAAUGAUAUUUUCACCGUGUAAUGUGCUCUCAAUAAUUUUUUAAUAGUUUAAUAGUAUAUUAGGAAUACACAGAUACCAAUUUAAGAAUAUCUCAAGGGUUUUUGAGGCAUUUUAGAAACAGCAACAGACCUAUUUUUCUAGAUCAGUUUUUCAAGAUAGGAGCUCUACUGGGUGGGCUAUUUUAGUGUUUUUAUCCCCCUGGGAAAAUAUUUUAGGGGUAGUAUGAUCUUAGUUCAUAACUCAAAGAGUAUAUUAAGUGUGGUUCUGAUAUCUACAGCCAGCUAUUGCAAAGUUGAAUACUACCCUAAAGUUAUAGUUUGAUAUUUGUAUUGUAAAUGCAAAUAAUUUAACCGUUACCCUUUGCUUAAUAAAAUAAAAACCUAGUACUGUACGAGCAAAAUAAAAUGUGUCUAAAGCCCG